GCCCAAAGAAAUAGCAAAAAAGACAAAAAAAAAAAAAGUAAUUCCACGGCAGCAUGGGACUGUGUUUCACCAAAUAGCUGGCCAUCAUGGCCUUGCCAGGUUCACACGUAAAAUUAACCGCACAGAAGUGCCCGUCAUGGCUCAGUGGAAACGAAUCUGACUCGCAUCCAUGACGACGUAGGUUCCAUCCCUGGCCUCGUUCAGUGGGUUAAGGAUCCAGCGUUGCCGUGAGCUGUGGUGUAGGUCCCGGACGUGGCUCGGAUCUGGCUUUGCUGUGGCCCCAUCCAUCCAGAACCUCCAAGUAUCACUUCCCCUCUUUAUGGAGUAAAGGCAUCGCAGACACGUGAGCUGUGAGUGCUCCCAUCUUAAAACCUCCCCGAGCUCAGCACACACGGCUUCGCUCUACUUCGCGUCCGUCUCCAGGAGAAGGUUGUCAGGACUCGGCGUUUCCGUUACCUCUGCCAGGCGCUCUUUAGAAACUGGGAUGAGAUUCAUACGUCGUAAGCCCACCACCCUUCCCUGAGGAUGGACCCCCGAGCACCUGCUGACGACCCUGCUGCUGGAGAUGCCACUGCUGGAGACGCCACUGCUGGUGACCCCGCUGCUGGAGACACCACUGCUGGUGACCCCACUGCUGGAGACCCCACUGCUGGAGACGCCACUGCUGGUGACCCCGCUGCUGGAGACGCCACCGCUGGUGACCCCACUGCUGGAGACGCCACCGCUGGUGACCCCGCUGCUGGAGACGCCACCGCUGGUGACCCCGCUGCUGGAGACGCCACCGCUGGUGACCCUGCUGGUGACCCUGUCAGUGGCUGUGGCCCGCUCCUGUUCCUGCAGGCCCUGCAGAGGCUGUGGUCCACUCGGCAGCUGCGGCAGCUCCAGGAGGAAGCCUGGAGGGGGUUCGCUGCGCUGGCUGACCCGCUCGCUGGACUCCUGGACAUGCUGGAUGGCAGCCGGGGCUGGCGGGGGAGGGGCCCCUCCCUGGAGGCCUGGGUGGCCCGCGAGCUGAAGCGCUGGCUGCAGGCGCGGCCGCACCCGGGGCCACCCCAGGGCGGCCCAGGGCUGAGGCAGCUGCAGGCGCGUGCAGUCAAGAUCCUCGUGGAGAGCCCCCCGGCUCUCGUGGAGCCUCUGGUCAGCAUCUUCCAGCUGCAGGACGCAGACCGCAGCCCCCUGCUGGCUCACGUCCACCGACUCCGCCAGGAGGGCAGGUUCAAAGAAGCUGUCGUGCUGAGCACGAAGCUGCGGCUGCAGCCCCAUCUCGAUGUUGAAGAGAUGAGCACGCCCCUGCUCCUCCAGGACAAGCUGGGCCUCGUGGAGCGCUACGUGGACGGCUUCCCGGGCCUCCAGCGGAGGCUGCUGUCCCUCCUGGACUCCUGGUGCCGGCCGGGCUUUGACGUCCAUGUCGUGGCCAGACGGCACCCACAGGCAGCCUGGCGGCCGGACAGGCUGAGCCCCAGGGUGCUGAGUCGGCAGGUCCUGCGCCUGCGUGAGCGGUUCGGCCUGGACCCUGCCCUGUGCCCGCACGUGGUCACCCAGCAGCGCCUGGCCUCUCUGCGGUACCUGUGCUACAAGCGGCUGGUAGAGAGAAGCCUGUCUCAGGAGAGCUGGGUCGAGCAUGUGCACGGCCUGGUGGGGCAGAACGAGUGGCUGCAGGAGCAGCUGCUCCAGCUGCUGGCCUCUCAUGACGACGCGGCUGUGGUCGCCCAGUGUGCCCUGGACCUCUCCCUGCCUGAGGGGCGGCUUCCAGCUACGGUGGUCACGGAGCUCAGCCGACUCAGGCUCCAGGGGAGCGCGGCCGAGGCGCCUUCAGAGGGCAGGACGGACGAUUGCUACCAGCUGCCCAUCGCCAGGGAGGACAUCCGCUUCCUGGCCUCCUGGGAGGACCUGGCCAGACAUGAAGCAGAACUCCUGCAGCCUGGUCAGGUGGUCAGCGUGGACCUGGAGUGGAGGCCCUCGUUUGGCGUUGGGGGCCGGCCCCAGGCGUCGCUCAUGCAGGUGGCCGUGGAGGGCCGCGUGUUCCUGCUAGACCUGCCCCAGCUCUUGAGUCCAGCCAGAGGGCAGGAGCCCCAGGCCUUCUCCCAGCUGGUGUCCCGGCUGCUCGCAGACCCCUCCAUCACCAAGCUGGGUUACGGGAUGGCAGGGGACCUGCGGAGCCUGGGCGCCUCCUGCCCUGCCCUGGCCCAGGCGCAGAAGCAGCUUCGGGGCAGCCUGGACCUGCUGCAGGUGCACAAGCAGCUACGGGUGGUGGACGCGCCAGCCCCAGGUGUGGAUGGUGCCGCGGGGCCUCGGGGCCUCAGCCUCCUGGUGCAGCAGGUGCUGGGCAAGCCCCUGGACAAGACGCAGCAGCUCUCCAACUGGGACCGGCGCCCGCUGGGCGAGGAGCAGCUGGUCUAUGCAGCCGCUGACGCCUACUGCCUGCUGGAGGUGUACUGGGCACUGUGCAGAGAGCCUGCCCGCUUCCACCUGUCGGGGGACCUGGGCCGGAGCCUGAGGCCGGGCCGCAGCGAGAAGCCGCCCCUCCCACAGCAGGCCUUGGCCUAUCCCCAGCAGGUGCUUGAGGUCAAGGAGGCCGCCCCCGAGGUCCAGGCCAGGGCCUUCCGCGUGGUGUGUGACAGCAUGCUGCAGGGGCUGGCACGGAGGCUCCGCUGUCUGGGCGUUGACGUGCUGGUGCUGGGCACGGGCGAGGACCACCGCAGGGCUGCUGAGGUUGCCAGGCAGGAGGGAAGGAUUGUCCUGACCUCAGGGUUACCGUACCACAAGCUCAACAGCUGCACGUGUCCGCAGCUCCAGGCCCAGCUGGGGGCUGGGCGCUGCCUCGCGGUAGACUGCUCCCUCAAGGCCCAGCAGCAGGCGAAGGCCGUGAUCAGGCAUUUCAACGUGCGUGUCACCCAGGACGACAUCUUCAGCCGCUGCCAGGCCUGUAACUGUGACCAGUACCUGAAGGUCUCCAAGGACAUGAUGAAGCAGCUCGUGAGGCUCAGUGGGCACCGCGAAGGCCCCGGCAGGACAGGCGAGGAGGCCGCCCAAAGCGAGGAUGAGCUGGAGACAGGCUCAGCCCCAGAGGAGCCCCCAGGGCCCUGCACCUAUGACCCCCCUUGCCGCUGGCUGGAGGAGGCAGACCUACAGACGCGCGUGCCGGCCACACUGGGCAGCGGCGCCCAGCUGCAGCUCUCAGGGGUCCCAGCGGGUGUGCUGCGGCGGCCGGGGCUGCGGCAUUUCUACUGCUGCACGGGCUGCGGCAAAGUCUUCUGGGAGGGCUCCCACCUGCGCCGAGUCGCCGCCAACUUCCGAGACAUCCUGCAAAUGGCCCCUGGCAUCCCCGAGCCGAGCCAAGCCCUGGGCCCGGCUGGCAGCCCCUCCUGAGGCCCCCAGCCCUGCUGAGGGCCCGGGCAGCCAACAGUAAAAGUGGAAAAGCUGCAGA